UUAUAUAUAACUGUGUUUACAUAUCGAUUUUACGUAUUACACAGAUUUUACAACAAUAAUCACACAAAACCCAUUCUAAAUGCGGUAGCCGGCUCAAAAUGUUGAAAAGCUUGAAGCAGGAAAGUGCGGAGGAGCUGCUAGCUUGCCGCAUAUGUCUCGCGACGGACACUCAUUUGUAUGGGAUUUUGGAGCACCGCUUAGAGAAUGCUUUCAUUGAUAUUACAGGCACCACCCUGUCGGCAUGGGACGGCUACCCGCAGCACCUGUGCGUGCCGUGCCGCGCGCUGCUGCGCCGCGCGAGCGCCCUCCGCGCCCGCUCGCGCCGCGCGCACCGAGCACUCAAGAGGAUCCUCAUGCUACAACAUACGAUAACGACAGACUACAUUCGUACAGUGGACCGUAUAGCUGAGGGCCUCAAUCUGCCUCUCUCCAUCUCUGUCUGUCCUGAACCUGUACUCUUCCAACAUGAUGACAACGACGAUCUUAUAAAAGAGGAGAUCCCCCUCCUCUCCCCCUCCCCGCUGCCCUCCCUCCCCUCCCCCAAAGAGGACAUCGUGGUAAAGGACGAGCUGCCCUGCGAGUACGAGUCCAACGACGACGUCGCGCUGAGCGAGCUGCAGGAGAGGCCUACCCCACAUAAGGAGAAGAGGAAAAAGGUUAUGAGGAAAUCGAAGACGAAAAAAACAAAGUCUGAGAAAGUGAAGAGCAGAGAACGGAAAAAGACGGAGAAGAUACGGGAUGAAGACUUCCCCGCUUUCGAGAAGGAAUACAACUUCGAUGUGGUCAUACUGUCCAGGGAGCAACAGAUCGAAGAUAUGGCGUCGCGGAAAGAGAAGGACAACUACAUGAACUCGCAGUUCAAAUGCGAGAAAUGCUUCAAGGGGUUCUACACCGAGGCGACGCUCGCUAACCACGACGCCAAACACCACGACGAGGCCGUGGGCCCGCACUCGUGCGAGCUCUGCCUGUGCCGGUUCCGUAUACCAGCCAUCCUGCGCCGCCACCUCGCCACGCACCGGCUAAGAUUCGUGUGCCAACACUGCGGCUUCACCGCGAGAGACAGGUCGCACGCCAUGACUCACUCGAAAGAGCACAAGGGGCUGCGGUACGAAUGCCAGUACUGCGGAGACACCUUCAAAAAGCGGUCGACGUACGGCACCCACGUCCGCAUCCAGCAUCCCAACCAGAACAAGUCCUGUGACGUGUGCGGAGAAACGUUCCUAGGAGCACUCGGGCUCGCGCUACAUAAAAAGAAAUCUCAUCGACAGGUGGUCGAGGCGGGCGCGGCGCCGUGUGCGGUGUGCGGCGUGUGCUUCGAAAGCGAAUACGCGCGCGCGCGCCACGCCGCGCUCGCGGUGCGGGGCUGCCAGCACACCAGAGCAUGUGCGCUGUGCGGAGAGAACUUCAAGGACGAACCGGCACUGCAGGCACAUGUUAGAGAGAGACACCAGGACCGGCAGACGCAGUGCCAGGAGUGCGACAUGACGUUCGCGAGCGAGGCGUCCCGCAGCGUGCACUACGAGCGAGUCCAUCUCAAGGUGAAAGUGCGCCGCUGCCUGCCCAAGACGGGGCGCAAGUACGACCGCUACGGGGACCACUUCAUGUGCGAGAUGUGCGGCAAAAAGUGCCAGAACAACAUCGCUCUGAAGUACCACAUCCGCUCACACACGGGGGAGAAGCCGCACGCCUGCCCCCACUGUCCGAAGCACUACUCCACGCCCGUCGCCCUGCAGUACCACAUCCGGUCUCACACGGGGGACAAGCCGCUGGCGUGCCCGCACUGUCCGCUGCGUUACGCCACUCACAAGGGACUGCAGACUCAUCUGCUCAAGCACACAGGUGAGAGACCGUUCAAGUGUGAGCUGUGUGGGAAGGCCUUUACGCAGAAGACCAUGUUGCAGAAACAUAAAACAGUACACACAGGUGAGAAACCAUACGCGUGCGAUAUAUGCGGCAAGGCGUUCACGCAGUCCGGCUCCGUGCACACGCACGUCAAAUACGUGCACAAGAAGCUGCCCGCGCCGCCGCGCAACCGCGGCAAGCGCGACAAGCCCGACUGACAUACGCACUACUGACAUACAGCUUACCCUUCGCCGAUUUGAGCCGGCUAUAUUACUGAAGUAACAUCGCCCCGUCUUGUGAACUGUAUAGCGCUGUAUUUAAAUAGGCCGACUGACAUACUUUUGCGAUUUAUCUAACCACACACACCAACAUACCUGUUACUAUCCUCCUGAGUCCCAGAGGCCUUUAUAAAGGACUUAUUCCACAAGGACAAUUGAAUUGAAACUUUUAUUAAAUAACACAGUUUUAAAUUAAAAUACAAAUCUUAAGCUUGUGGGACUUGGGGGGCUAUAGAAAUUAAGACGUGUCAUAUAUUUGGCCACUUUGCCCGUCACUAUAUAUUUGAAGCAGCUGCGGACUGUGCUAGACCGUAGAGAAAUAAGUAACAAUAAAGUGCUCACUCCAUACAAAGAUAAAAACCUAUUUAUGAGAAGUUUUAACCGAGCUUUGCGAAAACUUAUUUAUAAUAUUUAAGCUUAAUAAGAAUUAAGCAUACCUCCCAUACAACUUAAUAAUUAUUAAGUAUUAGGCAUACCUCCCAUACAACUUAAUAAUUAUUAAGUAUUAGGCAUACCUCCCAUACAACUUAAUAAUUAUUAAGUAUUAGGUAUACCUCCCAUACAACUUAAUAAUUAUUAAGUAUUAGGCAUACCUCCCAUACAACUUAAUAAUUAUUAAGUAAGAAAACUGAUGAGUGAGCAAUUUAUGCGUAGGUACAUAUUUAUCAAUGACUAUACAGUUUUCUGUAAAUAUUAAGCUUAAUCCUAAAUUUUUUAUUUACAUGUAAGUUCGGGAUAUUUAAUACCAUACAUGACAACUGAAUUAGCCUAAGUAUUUAUUUAUAUUUGAUUGUACAAAGUUAU